CGAAACCACAACACCAGAUCCGCACCGUCUCGGUUUAAGGUUGCUGUCAGCGCACCAGGUAUGUACCUACAAUAUACAUGACUAUCGCCCACGCAGUCCAGGGUAUGCUACUCUCCUCUAUGUACCAACAUAGUUACAUUGAGCGCACUACUCUUCUAGGUAACUAUCAUAGGCAUGUUGUUAUCAUAUCGACAUACCUUCAUACAUACCCGGCACAUGCGUGGGUACAUACGGUACAUACGGUAUUUACCUAGCCGCCCACGUUAUGUAAAGCCACGCCCGGAUCCAUGCCAGCGUCAAGCAUGCAUGAAACUCGGCUCCGUUACAUACGAUCGCUUCAGCAUCCCCGUCAGUCUCCCCGCGCGAGAGAGGGGCAACAGGGCAGGGCGCAGCGGCGCUCCAUUCCUUUCCCUUCAAUUUUUGCCUCUUUUUCCUUCAGGUCGCGGGGGAAAACAGCCCAGCCCGGGGCUGGAUUCGGCGGGUGAUGAUGUGAAUCGACCCGGAACGAAUGCGGGUUUGCUAAAAGGGUUUCUGUCUUCUUUUCGCUUUCUCUUUCUCUUCCUGUUUUUGAUUUUCACUCUUCGACGCCGCGGGGGUAUGUACAUAGAGUACGGUGCUCGCGCGCGCGCGGUUGCAGUUAUGCUUAUAUUUGCAGAUUAUAUAGGUACCUAGUAAGUUACCUAGAGGUCCGCCGCCGGUACGUUUAGCCUGGCUGAUC